GCCCUGAAGCCAGCCCCCUGUGACAGCUUCCUCUGUGGGCCAAGCCCUGAGUGGGGCGGCCAGGGAGGCAAGCUGCUGCAACCGCAGCUGUGGAGAGCCCGGCAUGGAACCCGGGCGGGGGCCUGAGGCUGCUGCCCUCCACCUGAGCCUGCCGGCCCUGCUGCUAUGCGCUUUGGCCCUGAGGUGCACCUUGUCCUCGCCAGCUUCUCCCCCGCCUUCUCUGGUGCCCCAAGUCAGAAGCAGCUACAAUUUCGGAAGGGCUUUCCUCGGUCUUGAUAAAUGCAAUGCCUGCAUCGGGACAUCUAUUUGCAAGAAGUUCUUUAAAGAAGAAAUAAGGUUCAACGACUCGCUGGCUUCCCCCCUCGGGCUGCCUCCCGACCACUCACCUUCUUACCCAGCCAACUACUCAGAUGACUCCAAAAGCUGGCGCGCUGUGGAGAUCUUCCGGCUGCUCAGCACAUACCAACACGAGAUUUCGGACAGCAGAAUUUGUGCUUCUGCCUCAGCGUCCAAAACCUGCAGCAUUGAGCGCAUCCUGCGGAAAACCGGGAGGUUCCAGAAAUGGUUGCAGGCCAAGCGCCUCACACCAGACCUGGUGCAGGGCCUGGCCAGCCCCCUCCUGCGCUGCCCAUCACAGCGACUGCUGGACCGUGUGGUGCGGCGAUAUGCUGAGGUGGCCGAUGCUGGCAGCAUCUUUAUGGACCACUUCACAGAGCGCGACAAACUGCGUCUACUCUACACGCUGGCUGUCAACACGCAUCCCAUCCUCCUCCAGAUCUUCCCUGGGGCUGAGGGAUGGCCGCUGCCCAAGUACCUGGGCUCCUGUGGCAGGUUCCUGGUCAGCACCAGCACCAGACCACUGCAGGAAUUCUUCAGUGCACCCCCGGAUCAGGCAGCCGACCUCGCCUAUCAACUCCUUGGCGUCCUGGAGUCUCUGAGGAGCAAUGAUCUGAACUAUUUCUUUUACUUCACUCGUGUUGACGCAGGCAUGUUUGGCAUCUUUACCAACGGGCAUCUGUUCAUCCGGGAUGCCAGCGCACUGGGCGUCAUCGACAAGCAGGAAGGGAGCUAUACCACCUUCAAGACAGCAGACAAUAAGGACAUUUUCAGCUGCUUAGUUUCUGGUUGCCAGGCCCAGCUGCCCUCCUGCGACAUGGUCCCCGAGAAGCAGAGCCUGGUGCUGGUGUGUCGGCAGCUGCUACCUCGACUUCUCCAAGGGCGAUUCCACUCCCCGGUGCAAGAGGAGAUAGACUCCGCUCUGGCUCAGUGUGGAGAGGACACCCGCUCAGACCCUGAAGUCCUUGAGGCUGCCAGUCGCCUGAAAGCCAUGUUGAGACCUCUGAGAACCUGUGACCCCAGAUUUGCCUACCGAUACCCAGACUGCAAGUACAACGAGAAGUUCUGAGGGGCUUGGGCCCCUACAGCCUUGGGGAACCACGUACUUGGAGCUCUACUGCCCUGCUUGGGCUGCUGCAAGACUGAAGGCGGCAGUUCUGUUGUCAACACUGGGAGAAGUGCGCAUUUCACUUCCUGCUGAGAACUGAGGAACCUGAACUACAAGCACAGAGCAAUGUGACACUACCCAGUUGUCCCCCACUGGCUGUCCCCAUUGCAGCAGCACCGAGGGGUGGGCAUCUGAAGACCAUAGUCGCUGUCUUUGAGCCUCGGUUUCUUCUAUUCCCCAUCAGAUUCUGUGUACGUGAAAAAGACAGAGAUGUGAGAAGCCUGGAACACAUCUCCUUACUGCCUGGAAUGUUCCAGAAAUGCACAUAAAAGUGGAGCCGCACAGGUCAAGAGGCUGACGUAGAGGGGGAUAGCAGAGUCAUAUGAAGACUCCCAACUACUGGCACCUUAGUAUUGGGCAAGAGGGGCCAUCUUCCCAUUCCACAUGUGCUGUGCCAUAUUGCCCAUGCUAUCACUGAGCAGGGAGACUGCAGGCCAAGACACAUAUCAUUACAGCUCACUUCUGAGCCACAUUCUGAGGGACCUCCCAUCAUGGGAAGGAGCAGAGGUAAGAAAGAAGGUGGGGGAACAGCCACAACCUAUGUGUGAGUUCAGGUGCUCCAGGAAGCAAGGUUAGGCUAGAAUUAGCUAGAAGGGAUGCCUGUGUGAAUGGAGAGGAAGGGAAAACUGAGAAGGCAGGACCCUGGAGCUCUGCAACAAGUCUGACCUGGGAGAUGAGCUGAUUUAUCUGCCUUUCUCAGGCUGCUAGGAUGUCUGCAGGGUAAAGCCAUCUGAGGAGCCCUGGGUCUCCCACCAGUAGAUCCCUGCCCCAAUAGUAUCUUGGCUGCACCCAAUCAUUGAUGGGUAGGAACCUUAGCCCUAGCCCAAUGGCAAAGAUGGAUUUCAGAGCCAAGAGCCAGGGCACUGAAGGAAGUCCGUGAG